AUGUAUAAACUCUUAUUUGUAUUACUUUUGCUGAGUACUCUUCCAUGCUGGAUUUCAGAGACUCAGUGACGCGGCCACCCUCACUAUAAGUCCCGCAUUGUCACAGUGUUCUAUUAUAUUAGGAGACAGUAGGGAGUUGUUGUUUUCUUUAUUUCUCCCCACUCCACGCCACACACACACGGAGAAAUUUCUCCCACAUCUGAAUCUCCACACACACAUAGACAUAUUCACGGCACGGAAGAAUAGAAAGGAAGGCGAAAGCUCCAAUCCGUUUGAACGAAUUCCACGUAGGAUUUGUAUUUUCAUGAAUAACUUUUUGGCGUGUAAUAUUUGGACAUGAGUAAUGUCAGCAAUCAGAGUUGACGUCCUUGAACUGCCCGAAGAUUUUUGUGUUUAAUUGUUUCGUAUUAGACAGGAUUUUCAGCAAGAGGCAAGGACAUAUCGCAGCAGAGACAUCUAGACCCGCCUUUCUGUUGGUCUCUGAUACACACCGAAAGAAGCCUACAGUUUACAGCAAUCAUUCUCUACCGCUUCUUCAGCAAACAAUUGUUUUCACCGUCACCUGCAUCAAGGGAGAUAAUUGGCGAUAAACUUCCAAGAAUAACUCAUUGAAUGUUUAUUCUGUUCGACUAGUAGAAAGUGUCUUGUGAUGGCCCGGUCCAUACAAUCAGGCCCCUAAUGUUUAAUUGAAGCUAACAAAGGAAGCGACAACUUUUUGUGUUCUUUGAAAGCAGCCGAAAAAGUGGUCAUAAACAUGGCUACUCAGGUGGCUAGGCCAAGACAGUUAAGCGUGAUUAAGCCAGAUGACGUCAUCCACUCCGAUGACGAGACCAUUGACGUCAUGACAGAUACUCUGGAGAAGACGGACGACACCAAAGCCAAUGAAGCAGAAGACUCUGCCAAAGAAGUGAUCAGUGACUCCGAGGAGACUGCAAGCCGGCAUGGGGAUGACAGCAGGGUUAGCGGAGAGCAGCCCAUUAAUCUGUCGCCCACAACGCCGCAGUUAAAGGGAGAUAAGCUGUUUGCCAGCCCUCCACAACACUUGGAACACCGGAACAGCGCUUUCAGCGCUCUCAAUUUUCACAAGAACAAUUUCCUCCAUUCGAGCUACUCUGCGUUCCCCUUCGACGUACAGGCGAGCAUGAAGUGUUUGCCCCUGGGUUUCCCAAACUUUCUAAACCUCCACCACCCUCCUUCGCCUGUAUCUCCUCCAACGUUACCGCUACAUCCUUCCUCACUGCAAUCCAGAACAUUCUUUUCAUCGCCGCCUUCAUCUCUGCCCAUGAACCUGAAAACAGACCCUUCUCAAAGUAUGAGCCAAUCUGGCGCCAAAGACGCAAAAACGCCACCCAGCUCCCGUCCAUCCUUUUUAAUAACAGACAUUCUCGGGCCGAGGCCGACAGAGGCGGAUCGAUCAUUCGACGCCUCUGAUAUGAGCAAUGACUCUGCGCUGGGUAGGCCCAAUUUGACUUUCGGCGCUGCUUCCAUCAGACACACGUUUCCGGCAGUUUCCGACAGAGUUCGGCAACUUUCAGAAAAAGAAGCCGACUUGGAGGACGAUGCUGAAAUAGAUGUUGAUGAUUUGAACGAUGAGAACUGUGGCGAUGAUAGCCUCAACGGGGGAGAUAACUUGGAUGACAGCCAUUUUGGUAGUGCAUCUGACGAUGACGAGUCCAGCGAUGGAAGACCGCACAGAAAGAGGGGCAGCUCCGGCUCCCCGUUGAUGAUCAAGUCCAAGAAGCCCAGAAAAGCCAGGACUGCCUUCACUGACCACCAGCUGUCUGUCCUCGAGAAAACUUUUGAGAGACAAAAAUACCUGAGUGUCCAGGACAGGAUGGAGCUGGCCUCAAAACUCAACUUGACAGACACGCAGGUCAAGACAUGGUACCAGAACAGAAGAACCAAAUGGAAACGUCAGACAGCUGUUGGUCUGGAACUUCUUGCUGAGGCAGGAAAUUACGCAGCAGUCCAGAGAAUGCUACAGACCAAUCCCUAUUGGUUCAACUAUCACCCUCAGGCCGCGGCCAUCUUGUCCAAUCUGGAUGCCCUCUACUUCCGGAACCCUGAAAAUUCAAUGUCGCCAGCGCCUCACCGGCCUCUGCUACCCCGUAUGUUUAUUCAUGGACUCCAGCAACACGUCAGUCAACUUCCGGUUCAAAGCUCGCCAUCUUUGUUUCCGGCUGAAAAUAGAGGAUGAAGACGAAUGAAAAUAAAAAAAAACAGUAUUGGGGAAAGCAAUACAAAUCAGAAACAGGAAGGAGAGAGAGAAAAAAUGUUUAAAACAACACAUGAAUCUUAAGACAAUGAUUGCUUUCAAAAAAUAAUAAAUUCUAUCUUGCCUAUUUUGUGUGUGCACAGUUUUUGAUUUGAUUUCUACGUCGCCGUCACUAUUCUUGACUUUAUGAAGACAAGAGUCAAUGCAGUACUUUAUUUUUUCCACUACAAGUGAGAGUGGCCUCUCUUGGAAAUGAAUCGAUACGCUCGUCGAAACUUCAGUGCAAAGGAAUCAUUUCUUUAUAAUUAUUCAGACACACUUGACAUUGAAUAACUGUUGACAUUUUAAAAUGCUUGAACUUAAAACGAUCCUGCUUGAUUAAAAGCAGUUGCUCUUGGCGUGUGGUCUAUUUAACCCCUUAAGUCAGUGCUAUAUAUUCUAAAUGAUAUAUAAAACGUUUUCGGUUUUGAGGCGAAUGAACACUAAAUAACGUAUAAAGUGAGGAGCAAAAAUGUGUUCUCUGCAACAAUGCUGAAUUGAAAAACAGUGAAAAACAAUAAGAUUGGCAUUCCUAUCUUGAAAAUAUUUGGCCAUUGUUAAGAUUUUUUCUUAGCACACAAAUAUGGCUAAAACACAAGUCAGACAAUUAUUGUAAAUAAUAAUAAUACCUAUAACUAAUUGUAAAAAAAUAUUGAUUUUAGACUAAAAGACAAUCAUUUUAAAUCAUUUUUUUUUCAUUUGGUGAUGUUUUCUUAAUUAACAAAUAUUUUUGUUUUCUUUAUAAGAGAUUUAUGAUAAAAUAUAUGCUUUUCUUUUAUAUAACCAAUGUAUAUCAAUAAAAACAACUUCAUUUCUUA